UGGUCUAAAUUUUUAAUUAGAAAAUAAAACUGAUGUCAAAUGAAAUACAACAAAAUAUAGCAAAAUACAAAAAAAUUUUUUUUUAUUUUCAUGGUCUUUUUUACGUCUACCAUGUAGUAUUGUGGGCAAUCGGCACGCAGCACAGUGCCACAAACCGUUGCAAUUUGCAAACGUCUGACGAGUGACCAUAGUCUGUGCUAGUGACGUAAUGGUAGACUAUACAAGUUCCACUGAAAGAACUAGCAGUCACGAGGUUCAUAAUGAGAACAUUACAAGGUCAAAAAAUUGUUAUCGUCGUGCGGCCAUUCAUAUCUAUAGCCGUGGCACUAGUAUCAACAUUGUUAAUAUGAUCAAAUCCAUCUUGGCACCACUGCCCACCAACUCAAUAUAAUUUUUGGACAAACACUCCAUCACUCCUGCCAACAUAUAUCCAGUCAUGAUAACAUGCUCCCAAAUACGUCGACGAUUAAAAAGAAAUUAAAUACUUAUUUAUAUUUGAGUUAAUAUAAUAUAUAAGUCCUUUAAAAUUGUGGUCCGUACUACGCAAGGUGAAUAAAAAUUUGUGUUUUAACUCUGCCACUUGGUUUUCUGUUACUGUUAUCAUUAUUGUAAUAUCCUAUAUUAUUACAACCGUGGUUGUACUCGUGGUUACACUUAUCUACAGUCGCACUUCCGUAGUUCCGCGAAUACAAUGAAUGUAUAGUUCUUUGUCAGUGAGAUAUUUUUCGCGCUACCAUGAGUAUUCCAUAUUAUAUUAUCUUACAUUCGUGUCUCGUGGUUUCAGUGGACAGUGAGCAAGUGAUGGCGAAUUAAUACAGUUGAUUGAUUUUGCUAUUCUACUUUUUCUUUGAAUAUUGAUGUUGAUAUUGUUGUGAAAUGUGAUAACCACUUUUUUAUAUACUUACAUUUUGUUUAUAUUUUAUUGUCACUAAGCGUUUUGAAGAAAAUGUCUAAAUACCGGGACUUCGGAAUAGCCAAAGAAAAAUUAAAGAACAUAUUUCUUGGUAUACAAGACUACGGCGCCAGUGCAUCUGAACAUAUAAUUGAUUUGAGUGAGACAUGUCCUGAUGUGAUCGAUGGAAAUGAAUUAAACCAUUUAUUAGAGUAUAGACUUGAAGUCGAUGCAAUGUAUGAAGUAUUCACACAUACUCGUAUGAAAGUUGCUGUUUUUGGCAGAGCAAGCAGUGGAAAGAGUACAGUUAUAAAUGCAAUGUUGGGAGAAAAUGUCCUUCCAAGUGGUAGUGGUCGUGCAACUAACUGUUUUCUGCAAGUUGAAGAGUCUCAUACUGGUAAUGCAUAUUUAUGUACUGAAGGUUCAUUAUCUAUACAACACAGUGUAGAAUCUGCUACUGAUUUGGCAUACACAUUGAAUAGUUAUAUUAAACCGGAUACAGAAGAGUUGGUACACGUGUGUUGGCCAAAAGAAAAAUGUAGAUUAUUAAAAGAUGAUGUAGUAUUAGUUGACUCUCCGGGAAUUGACACUACACCAUAUUUGGAUGAGUUUAUUUAUGGUCAUUACAUUGAUGCUGAUGCUUUUGUGUUAGUUGUUAAUGCUGAAUCCGCAUCAAUGGAUGCAGAGAUUAAUUUUCUUCAUACAGUUUCAAAAGAAUUACCAAACGCAAAUAUAUUUAUUUUGUUCAACCGCUGGGAUGAAUACGACUCAUUUCACCAGAAAUAUAAACAAAAAAUAAAGCGAAAUAUAGAUUUGCUCAAUGAAAAAUUGAAAGAAUGUACAAAUCAUGGGCAAUAUUGUCAAACAUUUUUUAUUGCUGCUAAGGAAGUCUUAAAUGUUCGGAUAAAAGGACACAGUGAACUACAGCCAAGUAUCGGACCAUUAAGUGAAAGAUAUUUUGAGUUUAUAGAGUUUGAAAGACAAUUAGAGAAUUGUAUCUCAACAUCAGCACUGUUAAAAUUUUUUAACUAUUCAAUGAAUGGAAAAUUUAUGUUGUCAAAAAUGCAUAUAAUUAUGGAUAUAAUCAACGUCAGAAUUCUAGAACAAAUACAUUUAAACACGAGUCAAAAAAAUGAAAUUGAUGAUGAAUUGAAUGUUUCUGCCGAACAAUUCGAAAUGAUAACAAUUCCAAAUUCACCAAUCACUGCUGUUGGUGAUUCUUUGACUGUGGAACAAAAUUUACCUUUGAAAUCUUGGGAUGGAAAAACUCAAAUUAAAUCCUUGGGAGGGAUGGUUUUAGCAGGAUUUAUGUAUAAAACAAUUGGAUGGAGUCCGAUCAUUGCAACUGCUGCAAUUUAUGGUGGUCUUUGUUUGUAUGAAUAUUUAUCCUCAACAACCAAAGCAAUAAAACAAUCAUUAAAAAAUCAAAACGUUGAUCGUGCAACUAGCAAUGUUCAACCAAGUGUUAGUUUCACAUCUGCAAAUUAUAGUCAACAAGUACAGCAGGAACUACCUACUACUUUUGCGCAAUCGGACCAAUUAUUUGAUGAAUUGCCGGCUAUUAAUAUCAAUGAAGAAAUGACAUAUGCGGACUCUGACUUCAACAUAUUAACUAACUCAACUGAAACUCCAAAUAUUUUUGUAAAUGAUGUAGAAUUUUGGUUGAAUGAAUCUCUUAUUCAGUUACACAAUUUUUUGGUGGACAGAAUAUAUUUUUUUGAUUGAGAAAUAAGUCAAAAUAUAAACAAAUUUUUAAUACUUUUGAGUUGAUUAUUUUGGAUAUUAUUUUUAGAGUAUGUGUGUUAAGAUUAUUUUAUCGUAAUUAUAUUAUUUAACCUUCAGUAGCGUCAUAAGUUUAUGGCAUAUUCCGUCGCUCAGGGCAAACAUUUUCCUUGAUUACACAUAAUAUAUUUUUCUUUAACAUUUAUUCAUUUAAAAUUUAAUAAUUUUUAU